AUGAGGUUGAACAACGACAGCAGCACUUUUGCCGUUGUUGGUUCUGACAGUACUAUCACCGAAGGAUCUGAAGCUGAUGCUUCAGGUAAAUUCUCAAUCAGAAACGGCCAUCUACUCUUAAACCAUCUCGGCAUUUUUUUUUUUGCCAUCCCAGAAGGCGCUUCAUACCUCUUUUCCACACACAAGGGUGAAAGUGCGGUAGAAAUUACUAUCAGAGCAACGGCCCCUAACGGCCAGACGGUUCCUGAUUUCCCUCCACCUGGUGUUGACAAGGAUAUCAGCAGCGCCAACGAAACCUCAGCCUUUGACACUUCGACCAUUGCGCAAAGUACGACAGCCAGCGCCACAGCGAUUUCUCAAACCUCAGAUGGCCAAAUCGUUGCUAUCCAAACCGAAAACAGUGCUCCAAAGGCUGCUGUGGGUUUGGGAGCCAGUAUCGUUGCUGCUGUUGCCGCUUUAUUGCUUUGA